CGACGUAAAGCCACAGCGUUCCUCCUCUCUCCACCCACAAAGGGAGGGAGAGGUUGACGUCACGACGGUCGCUCCGCCCCUUUUGCCUGUGAUUGAACACCAGUCAAAGGGAGUGGUUGACGUCACGACGGUCACCCCGCCCCUUUUUGCUUGUGAGCCGAACACCAAAGGGAGUGGAUGACGUCACGACGGUCACCCCGCCCCCUUUUUGCCUCGCUGACUGGCGGCGGUGAUUCGAAUGCCAGUCAAAGGGGAACAGCCGUCGCUGGCUUAACGGACGUCGCUGGCUGUCUCGUGCCGCGCAUGCGCAACAGCCCUCUUCCUCCCAACAACAUGCCAUGGGGAACAGCUGGGCGGCGCAGUGGUGCUGCUGGCUCUUCCCGAGGCGGCAAGCGGGACGCGUCCAAAGAGGCGGCGGCGGCGGCGGAUCAAAGUACUUUAGGCCAUGCUCAACAGGAGAGCACUUCACUAUAGAGUUUGAGAAUCUAGUGGAAAGUGAUGAGGGUGAAAGUCCAGGGAGCAGCCAAAGGCCUUUGACUGAAGAAGAAAUUGCUGCUCUAAAAGAGAGGCAUUAUAAUUCCAUUGCUGAAAAACAAAGAAUGUUGGAUGAUAAACUUCACUCAGAGUUAGCCAUACAAGAGGAGAAGUUAAGAAUAGAAGAGGAGACUUUAUAUGCUGCGCAACGUGAAGCAGCCAGGGCAGCAAAGCAGAGAAAGCUCUUGGAGCAACAAAGGCAGCAGAGAAUAACACAACGAGCAAAUAAUGGAGACCCCCAAAGCUCAGCUGCAGAAGAGGAUUUUGAUUCUUACCUGAGAAAUGUAAAACAGCAAUAUGAAGCUUUUCGAAGUAGCAGGCUAUCAUCAGAUGCUACUGUUCUGACACCAAAUACAGAGAGCAGCUGUGACCUAAUGACCAAAACCAAAUCAACAAGUGGAAAUGAUGACAGUAAUUCCUUAGAUUUAGAAUGGGAAGAUGAAGAAGGUAUAAACAGAAUGAUCCCACUACGAGAACGUUCAAAAACAGAAGAAGAUAUACUCCGUGCAGCACUAAAAUUUAAUGGGAAGAAAACAGGAAGUAAUCCAACUUCUGCCUCUGAUGAUUCUAAUGGUUUGGAGUGGGAAAACGAUUUUGUUAGUGCUGAAAUGGAUGAUAAUGGCAACUCUGAGUAUGCUGGGUUUGUGAACCCUGUUUUAGAACUGCCUGCAUCAGACAAAAAAACAUCUGACGCUGCUCAACAAGACAGAUAAUGAAAUCAUGUGACCCUCGGCUAUCUGACCAAAUGGUUGAAGUUGGACGAAAUGUACAGAUCUGUGUUGUGCACAAUCCUCCAGUCAUUGCGUUUGCCCAGCUUCCUUUAACAUAAGGAAGUUGCACAGCAACAGUACUUGGUGAACUUUGCUCAAGAAGAUUCCUAGGCAAAGAAGGAAACUGUGUUAGUUUGUCAGUUAAAAAAAUAAUAGUAUGGUUUGCUAUCUCAAUUUUAAAUUGUAAGUGCAAUUUUUUCAUCUGCCUCUGGAAUUCUAUGAAAAUACUUAAGUAAUUCCUUUGUGUCAGUUCUUAGGCUUUAGCAUACAAUUGUCCACACUAAGUGAAGCAUCAUAGCUUGAUAUUUUGAUUGGUGGUCUUAAAUCUAGGGCUGUUUGCGUUUUUUAAAAAAAAUUGACAUUGGCAUUAUUUCAUUAGGAAGUCUGAAUAAUACCUUAAUACUUGAAUCAUGCAAUUUAGCAAGGUUUUCUGUUAGACAUACCAUAUUUCUGUUGGGCAAGGUUUUCUGUUGGACAGAAAACUUGUAUAUUUGGAAAUUAUCAUCCCUUCUAAUUUAUCUGUUUUUUUAAAAAAAAACAAUUAGAUACCAAGCACAAUACCUUUCACAGAUGUUGUCAAAAUGAGACAGUAUAACGUAAGGCAAGAAAUACUCUAUGAAGAAAUGAACUAUGAAUAGAGGAGGAUAUUAGAAGACAUGUCUUGCUGUAGAUAUCACUUUCAUUUAAAACACUGGAAACUAAUAUGUUUUUGGAAGUAAAACUUAAGAGAACCAAAGGUUCCUCUUUUACUCCAACUUGAAAUGCCAAAUGCUGCUGAUAUUAAGAUUUUAUUUGUAUAUGUUUUUAAGUUGUACAGAAUUAUUUCUGUUUAACAGUUGCUAACUUAACAGUAGCUGAUAUAAUAGCUGUUUUUAAAGUGUUCUUUUCAUGUGGAAGACACAAAGCAUGACUACUUACUGUGGAUGUAUUGAUGCAAAUACCACUGGUACAAAUCUAUUUCCUGAGUGUGUGAAACAUUCCAUUCAUAUAACUAAUUAUGAUUAUUGAAAAAAGCUUGAAUUUGAAUUUGAUUUUAAUUACUUUUGAAAGAUGAUGAAGAAUGAUGUUGAUGGUAUUGCUCAAAUACAGUGUUUCUCUCAGAAAAAAUCUUGCUGGUUUUAAUUAUCAAGAAAAGUUUCUUAGUGCCAAGUUUCUUAGGCACUUGUAAAACUCAAUUUUGAUUAUUUUUUCCUAACAAGAAAGCUACUUUGUAUUGAUACUUAUUUUUUAAUUAUACACCAGGGUGUAUGUCAGUAACACAGAUAAUUUGAUUCAUAGCAAAACUGAAUACUAGUGUUCUAUAGCACAGUAGAUCAGACAGCAGGAAUAUUCAUUUUGCAUGAUUGCCUCAUGCUAGAGUUACUGGACUAUGUGCUGGCUUCCUAUUCCUCCUGUAGGGACAUCUUUCUACUUCUCUAAAAGGAGUAUAAAGGUUGUUUGCAAUACAUAUGAAAGAUUGAAGCUGCACAGGUUCAUACAAGCAGGACCAUUGCUCUUGAUAGCAGCUGCUACAGCAAGGAAAACAAAACAACUCAGAAAAUAACCAACUUGGGUAGAAUUGCAUCUUGCGCUGAAGCUUUGCUAGCAGUGGCAGUGUUAAGGGCAAUGGGCAAAAUACAUCCACUAAUGAACAGUGGUCUCCUUUUAGACUCAAUCUCUACAUCUGUCCCUCUGCUAUCCUGCAACAGACCUUUAUUGCUGUAAAGAUACAUUAACUCUAUCCUCUAGUGUCUUCUAUAUCUUUUAGGUUUUCUUGCUCUCAUGCCUCAAUUAAUUUAUAAAACUUGAUUCCAGAGCCACUGUUUACUUUUUUAUACACACUAUUCAUUGCUCCAGUAAUAUAUUACAGAUGUUAAGUGGUCAGUGGCAAUACAUAAUUAUUAAAUAUUUGUAUAGCUACUUUAACCCAUAUAAGAUGCCAGGAUCACUUUAGACUGAUUUCUUUCCUGUGUGCCUUUUAUGUUAUGAGAGAAAGGGAGAGAGCACUUAUGUACAUACGACAGCUCACACAGCUUAACAUUUCUUCAUUUAUUGCAUUUCUUGAACAUAAGUUUUGUUGCUAAAAUAUUUACAUGUCAAGGUCUACAUUUUCAAUGCCUGUAAUAUGUUUUAUUACAAGAAAUUUAUACACUUCAAAUGUAUAUUUUGUUUGGCAUAAGCUUCUGUGUCUCUCUGCCUUUUUCAUGUUGCUGGUCUUUAACGUUUAAAUUUCUCAAGCUGUGAAUAAAUUUUUUACACACUUGAAAAUUA